AUGGCUGAGGUUGCCGAUGGGCAAGAAGAACACCAGCAGAUUGCGACUGCGCUCGACCUCGAGCACAUAGACGUCAACCUUUUCCGGUCCAAGUCUCUGUGGCUUCCAGUGAAUGCUAGAGGUGUCUUUGGAGGUCAGGUCAUCUCGCAAGCCUUGGUUUCUGCCACAAACUGCGUAGACCCGGCAUAUACAUUACAUUCUCUCCACUGUUAUUUCUUGCUCAGUGCUUCACCAGCCGAUCCCAUUAUUUACCGUGUCGAACGGACCCGCGAUGGGCGUUCCUAUGUAACUCGAACAGUCCAUGCGACCCAACGAGGACGCACCAUUUUUGUGAUGACCUGCUCCUUCCAGCGGCCGGAACCUGGACAACUCACACACCAGUGGCCAAUGCCGUCGGGUCUUUCCAAUCCCGAGCAGUGCGAGAACGCGGAAGCGCACUAUGAGAAGCUGCUUCUCCAUGAAUCUCUUGAUCCUCGCAUCAGGAAGUAUGCCGAGCAAUAUGUCGCGGAGCGUAAACGGAGUCCUAUGGCGAUCAAAACCGCAGGUAUCAAGUACGCAUCGAAUGGUGCUACAUUAUAUAUGUGGUGGUUCAAGGCGAAAAAUAUACCCAAAUAUCCUAUAUCUUUCCAGAAGUGUAUCCUGAGCUACAUGUCAGACUCUCAGUUCAUCGGCGUCGUCCCUCGCACGCUUGGCUCCUAUUAUUACUUGCAAGGCCCCAAACAGCUUCUCAUGAUGACAUCCCUUGAUCACACGAUAUGGUUCUACGACAACAAUUUUGACUGUGGUGACUGGCUCCUCUACGUGGUAGAGUCACCCCGAUCGGGCGAAGGACGCGGUGUGGUGCAUGGCCGUAUGUAUACCAGGGAUGGCACACUAGUUGCGGUCACCUCUCAGGAAGGGGUCAUACGAGCGCGAGGCUUCGAGCCUAAAGACCCGAGUGCUGGAGAACCAAAGGUCAAGCUAUAG